UAAAAAACAAAAAAUGCCGAGCAUAGGGGAGAACUGAAAGAAGGGAACGCCGUCGUUGGGGUGCUUGUACUACUAGCCCACCCUUAUUCGCAUAUCCCUCUCACUAAUAAAUAAGCAACGCAUUACGCAUUUUACAGCUACACUUUGUUUGUUCCGCUCUCUCUCGAAACGCAAUAUUUGUCCCCGUGCGGUGCCCUUGCCGAUCCUACCAUUUUGAAGUUACUCUUAACCUCCUUUUGCCUCUUGUUUUCACUCAUAACUUUUUUUUCUGCGUUUUUUGGUUUCCGAAGUAGGUUUUAGCUCGGUUGGGAAUAUCCAUAAAGGAUUUUAGGGAAUCGCUCUGAUUCUAUCUCUGUUCGUUCCGUUUGAAGAAAGGAAGGAUCCCAACAAAGAAUCGAUCUUUCUUUUCUUUUAGUUGUUGAAUCUCUCUUUGAUUGAUCAAUGUGUGAUAUUUCGAAUCCUCAUUCCUAUUUUUGGUUUUGGAAUCCAAUCCCGACUCGUUAAGAAUAAUUCAGGUUUUAUUCGUGCUUGGAGCUGAAGCUGUGCAUUAUAGGUUAGCAUGGGAUUUGACAAUGAGUGCAUAGUGAACAUUCAAUCUCUUGCUGGAGAGUACUUCUGUCCUGUCUGUCGGCUGCUUGUAUUUCCAAAUGAAGCUUUGCAGUCACAAUGUACUCAUUUAUAUUGCAAGCCGUGUUUGACGUAUGUUGUGAGCACUACAAGGGCUUGCCCAUAUGAUGGUUACUUGGUCACCGAGGCAGAUUCCAAGCCUCUGACAGAGUCAAAUAAGGCACUCGCUGAAACUAUUGGAAAAAUAGCAGUUCAUUGCCUUUAUCAUAGGAGUGGAUGCACAUGGCAAGGAACUUUGUCUGAGUGCACAUCUCAUUGUUCUGGAUGUGCUUUUGGCAAUUCUCCUGUUGUUUGCAACAGGUGUGGGAUCCAAAUAGUGCAUUGCCAAGUACAAGAACAUGCACAAAGUUGCCCUGGUGUGCAAGGUCAGGCAGGCAUUACACAGGAUCCUUCAGCUACUAGUGCUGUCACUUCUACAGAUCAGAAUCAGAAUGCUGCUCCAGUUGCAGCAACGGCAUCUCAAACUGCUGUCACAACUACUAUGCCUGGGCAGGUUUCAAAUCAGCUGCCCAACCCAGCUUCCCAAACCCAAGCUUCAGUUCAAACUGCUGGGCAGCCAACGGCAGAGCAAUGGUAUCAGCAGCAACAAUAUCAACAAUACUACCAGCAAUACCCUGGACAAGAUCCAUACCAACAGCAGUAUCAACAUUACUACCCCUAUCAACAGUCUGUGGUUCCGCAGUACCAACAGGCCUAUGGUCAGCCCCAACCUCAGUCUCAAUCACAGCCCCAAGGCCAGCUUCAACCCCAGCCCCAGCCCCAAUCUCAGCCUCAAUUUCAACCACAACCUCAGGCACAAGGACUGUCCCAUCCACCUAUACAUAUUCAGGCUCCUGUGGCUCCACCAUCUCAUAAUCAGAUGCAAGUUCAACAACCAUCACAGCAACUUCAACCUGCUGUGCAGCCACAUGGUCAGACAAGUCAUGCACCAGGCCAUGGUCAAGCCUUCCCCCAGUCUCAGGCUCAGCCUUAUCCUUACCCCCAAGUUCAGCCACAUUCUGUCCAACCUCAACCCCAACAACCUAUGCAAAUGCCUCCUUAUCAGCAGCCUCAUCCCCAAAUGCAGCAUUCACAACCUCAAAUUCAACAACCAGUUCAGAAGUAUCCUGUUCCUCAAUCUCAAGUUCAUGCACAACUGCAACCUAAUGCUCCAAUUCAACAUCACUCUCAGCUCCCCAUGCCUCCUCACCAGCCUGUGACUCCUAAUGUCCAGCCUCAAGUGCAAAAUGCAACGUCGCAUUCAGUGACAGGGCAUCACUCUUAUCCCCAACCUCCGCAUCACCCAAAUAUGCAACCAGGAGUCCCUCAACAUGCUAUUCACAUGCAUCCUCUAAGUGGGCCUCAAUCCCAGGCCCAACACCCUAUCCAGAUGCAGAAUCAGUUUCCUCCACAAAUUCCAACAGCACGUCCUAAUCAAUCUCAUGCUAUGUUUCCUAACCAGCAACAGCCAGCUUUGUUGCCUUCAUCAGUUCAAGGCCAAACUACCCCUCCUUUGCAACAACAGUCGGUAUAUACCCAUAAUCAACCACCUGGGCAAAUCAACCAACAUCCUACUUUGCCACCUGUUCAACAAAUACCUCAGCAGCUGUUUGCACAGCACCAAAUGCCUAUACCAUCUCAUUUACGACCACAAGAUCCAGCACAUUCAUUUCCAAAGCAUGCAUAUCCACAGUCACAGGGGAAUACUGCAGGAAGGCCUUUAGUUCCCAACCAUGCAGGACACCUACAGCCAUUUGCCCAAUCUGCCAAUACCAUUCCAGUUAGACCUGGGCAAAAUGGUGCUGGCUACCUGCCUGAAAAUCAGAAAUUGUUGGUUGGGGCCAAUAAUCAAGUACAGUUGCCUUCAGAACUGCAGUCCAGGGCACCAGAAUCAAUUGAAAGACAAGGUGAUGUUGUUGAGCAACAGACUGACUCUGCCUCUGGGAAACUUAGUAAAGUUUUUAAAGAUUUGGACAAUGUGUCUGGAUCAGCAAAUGAAUUGAAAUCUGAAAAAGUUGAAGCAGAUCUGAAACCAACAGAGGUUGGAAAUAAGCAAAAUAGUGAAGAUCCACACUCUCUGAAGACUUCAGUCCCAAAUGCCAAUGCAGUAGAAAAUGAUGAUUCUGUGAAUAAGAAUCUUGGGAUGGGGGAGGCUGCUGAAAGCAAUUGGAAGCCUUCAAGUGGUGCAAUGCAUGGGGUUCAAAAUGAUAGUAAUGAGCAUUCUGUCCAAGGCAAUGAAUUUCAAGAUGGACAUCCACCGAAGACAGAGACUAAACUCCCUGAGUCAGAAACUAAUAAAUUGCAUAAUGAUGACAAUCCUGAACCAUCUGUCUCUCAAAGCAAUGGCGGUUUUGCUCAGCUGUCUCACCCAGCCACUUUCACUGAUCUGAGUAAGCAUCAGCAACCAACAAUUAGUUAUGGUCCGCCUUCUGUCCAGCAGAGAUCUUCUGCAAUAACAUCACAAUUGCCACAUCCAACAGUUCCCAAUCAGUCACUCUCUUCAGUGCACUCUUCGACCCUUAUUAGGAAUCAUGGAACUGCCCAUGCUCUUCAUUCAGGACAGCCCUUAACCGAGAAUUUUCCGCCAACCAUGUUUAAGCAACCACAAGAUUCUGACAUUCAGUUUAAUACUCCAGGGCGAAGCUUGCAACCUCAGUCUCUUGGACCCCCACGACCAUUUAACCAAGUACAUGAGCCUCCUUCCCAUGCUGGAACAUCUAAUUUGUCUCGUCUUGGAGGGCCUCAAUUUGGUGCACCACUUCCUGGAGAUAUGCAUGGUCGAAUGACAGCCAACUUACCACGACAUGCUCCUGAAGGUUUUGGUUUACAGGAUGAAACGUUCAAACCUUUUCAUGCUCUAAAUCAACAAAAUAUUGAUAGAAGAGAGUUUGAUGAUGAUCUUAAGAAAUUCUCUAGUCUGCCUUCGAAUUCUGAGCCUGUUUCUAAAUUUGGAAAUUAUUCAUUAGGCGCACAUGAUGCUGGAAAGAGACCAGUUGGUAUUCAUGACGAUGUCAUUAAGAAAUCAGGUUCUGCUCUUCAUCCUGGUUAUCUUGAACCAGGUCCUGGAUAUGGGAGACAUCAUAUGGAUGGUAUAGCUUCAAGAAGUCCUGUUAGUGAAUAUGCUGAGAUGUCCUCCCGGAGAUUGGGGCCGCACGCUGGCAGUCUUGUUGGUAAGGCAGGUAUAGAUGAUUUUGAGGGCAGAGUUGCACGUCGUUUUGGUGAAUUCCAUGAUAGUCGGUUUCCUCAUUUGCCUAGCCAUUUGCAUAGAGAUGAUUUUGAUGGUUUUGGUAACUUUCGAAUGGGUGAACAUCCAAGGAGUGGUGAUUUCAUUGGUCAAGAUGAGUUUGGUGGCCAUUUUCGGAGGGGUGAACAUUUGGCUCCACAUAACUUCCCCAGACAUUUGCAGCUUGGGGAGCCUAUUGGUUUUGGUGCCCACCCUGGUCAUAUGAGAGCAGUUGAACUUGAUGGUUUUCGUGGUUUUGAAUCUUUCGGCAAAGGCGGCCGGCCAGGUCAUCCGCAACUUGGUGAGCCUGGGUUCAGGAGCAGCUUUUCACUUCCAGGAUUUCCUAAUGAUGCUGGAUUUUUAACAGGAGAUAUCAGGUUGUUAGAUAAUUUGAGGAGAAGGAAGGCUUCUAGCAUGGGGUGGUGCCGGAUAUGUAAAGUUGACUGUGAAACAGUAGAAGGUUUGGACUUGCAUUCGCAAACAAAGGAGCACCAGAAGAUGGCCAUGGAUAUAGUUAAAACAAUCAAACAAAAUGCAAAGAAACAGAAAUUAAUACCCAGUGAGCAAUCCUCAAUUGAUGAGGGAAACAAGACACACAAUACUAGUAUUGAGGGUCGUGGAAAUAAGCAUUGAGCAGUUUUGAUUUGCUGUAAUCUGAUAUGUGCUCAUGCAAUUGUCAUCCAAAGAUGUUACUAUGGUUGCUGCCCUCAUGUUAAUGGAGAUGUUUUUCGGAACUGGAGUACUGUUGCAAAUUGCUUCUUCCUAGUUAAAGAUUAUACCGUCUUUUAUCACACAAUGUUGGGAGCGCUCAUUGAAGCGGUGAGAUAGACUUCUUGAUUGGUGAUUCUGGGCUUCAAUCUCUAUCCUGUCAUUGUUUUUUUCUCAGUGGUGUAGUUUUCUGAACGUGCCCCAGUGUAUCGGCAAAUUGGUAAUCGACAGCAAUAGAAGAUCUAAUUUCCUGCUGUCUUGUUGUUUAUGCACUAAAGUCGUUAGGACGACAUAGGAAAGUUUCAGAGUUUUAUAUGUGUAUCUAUCAUACGCUCUAAAGUGGGCUUGGCCCGAAAUAAUGAUUGAAUUAAAAAAAGACAAUUAAGACAUACUAAGGGUGUUUCUUCCUCAACAACUCAACAAAAAUCAAGUGCACACCUUUUUAUUCUGGAAUAGAAGGGGGUGACACGGGUGACACUUGAUUUUUUUGGGUGCAGAAAUAACAAACGCACAAUUAAUCAGGUUAUGGAAAUCAUAACAUUCUGAAGCAGCAUAAACCCAAGAGAAGGUGGUACACAUUUCUUGAGUCCAAAGACGUUGUGUGGUGAUAGCUCCAGUUGGCCAUUGAAGGCUCCAUUCCCUUAGUGUUCUUACAUAUUAUCUAUAUCUACGGAUGUCUUAUAAUCUUUUACUUAUUGUUUUAGGAAAUGAAUACAAGUCGUGACUGCUUCAUUUUCACGGUUGCGUUGGAGACUUCAAGCAAUCAACUCUUUAAAAUAGCUUUACAUGACUGUUCAUUAUGAAUUUGCUAUCAGGAUUUAUAUUUAAUGAACCUGAAUUUUUUUUGUAUA